UCUCUAAAUUCGUUUAAUACGUUUCAGAGUUCAAUGCACCGGAGAGAGUAAAAUGAGAGCUGAAAUCAGAAAUCGGUUUCUUCUGAUUCAGUCUUAAAUGGAGUUUUCUUCUUCUUCUCUUUAUUUAUUCAUCUUCACUUUCUUCAUUUACUCUGUUUUAGUAGAUCUUGUUAUUGCUAGAGGGGGUGAAGGUGAACACAGUUUCAAUCACUCAGGUUCUGUUGAUCAUAGCCAUGGCCGGCACUUAUUUGGAGAAACUCCUCCCAGUGUUGAUUUAAGUCAUGGGUAUAUGAGUAAUACAGAACUUGAGAAAGCAAUGAAGCAGUUUGCUCAUAAAUGCAGUGCCAUUUCUAGACUGUACAGUAUCGGGAAGAGUGUUAAUGGAGUUAAUUUGUGGGUCUUGGAAAUUUCCGAUAAUCCGGGGAUUGAAGAGCCUGAACCUGCAUUUAAGUUCAUUGGAAAUGUGCAUGGAGAUGAACCUGUUGGACGUGAGCUACUGAUGCAUUUAGCAAAUUGGUUAUGCAACAAUUACAUGACAGACCCCUUGGCAACAUUGAUCAUAAAAAAUGUACACCUUCAUAUACUUCCCACAAUGAACCCAGACGGGUACUCACUGAAAAAACGUGGUAAUGCAAACAACAUUGACCUGAAUCGAGACUUUCCAGACCAAUUCUUUUCAGUAAAUAAUGAUUUGGGCCUACGGCAACCUGAGACAAAAGCAAUCAUGAGUUGGCUGAAAAAAAUUCAUUUCACGGCCUCAGCCACCUUGCAUGGGGGUGCGCUCGUGGCAAAUUUCCCAUGGGAUGGCUCUGAGAAUCAAAAGAAAGUAUACUAUGCAUGUCCUGAUGACACAACCUUCCGGCACAUGGCAAGUGUUUAUAGCCGUUCUCACUAUAACAUGUCUCUUAGCAAAGAAUUUAACGAAGGAAUUACCAACGGUGCAGCUUGGUAUCCUAUAUAUGGUGGUAUGCAAGAUUGGAACUACAUACAUGCAGGCUGCUUUGAAUUGACCUUGGAAAUAAGUGAAAACAAAUGGCCUAACUCAACAGAGCUUCUGACUCUAUGGGAGUACAACAGAAUGAGUAUGUUGAAUCUUGUUGCAAGCCUUGUCAAGACAGGAGUACAUGGAAGAAUCUUAUCAACCGAGUGUGGACAGCCUUUGCCUGCCUCUGUCAUAAUCAAGGGAAUCAAUUACACGGUUAAAGCUGGUGACGUGUUUGGGGAUUACCAUCGUCUACUCGCUCCUGGUGAACACUAUGAAGUCACGGUAGCCAUGCCAGGUUACGAAUCAAAGACCACACAUAUCUUGGUGGAAGAUGAAGCAAUGAGCCUGGAUUUCGUUCUGGAUCCGGAAGGUCUACAAAAACGAAAGCAAGUAAGAACUGACUGCAGUUCUAGCUAUCAAGUGGAGCUUUGGGGAUGGACUAUGAUGGAAGUUUUGUUCCUUGCCAUGGUUAUCUUAGCGUUCUUUUGCGUUUUGUUCAAAAGAAAAACAAUAUUUCAUAAACAAAGACAAUCAGUUGUAGCUCAAAAAAGGGCAGUUAUAGUCUAAAGUUGCUUCCGAUUUUACCUUACAGGAAUGCCCGACUGUUGUUGUAUAUUUAUAUUGAUGCAAAUCAAUUUUAAAAGCAAAGUUCCGCUCUUUUCCUUCUGGGGUUCCCUGCUGUUGUAAUUCUUACAAUGAGAAACAUGUAAAUGAACUUUCCAC